AACUGAAUAGUGCUUUAGAUUCAGUAAAACACACAGGAGUACUUCUCUCCUCGGUCAUUCUUUAUGUGGUUGUACUUCAAACAAAUUCCCGCUAAAAAACUAAUGACGCCACAAAUUUAUCUUAUUUGCAAUUUUAUUUUUUGACAACUUUUAAUUUUUUUUGUGUGUAACAUCAGCAAUUGUUUUUUUGAGCGCGAAACAAAAGAUUUUCGAAUUAUCUGCAACGCAGUGCAUAUUUACAAAUACGCUACGUUAGUUCAAUAUACUUAGUUGAAUCGAAGUGUUAUUCGAGGAAGGUCAACAAAUAAGAGUACAUAAAAACUCAAAAAACAAAAAUACAUACAAAGAAAGAAUUAGUGUUUUUUAACUAAAUAAAUAUCAGAGAAAACAAACUUUUAUAGUGCUGUUAAGAAUAAAACAUAUAUACACAUCAAAUUUCAAGUGAAUCUCAAGAAGACGUUAUAUAUGUUAGAAAACUAUUACACAGCUACUACCAAGAUGAUGGAUACGGUUAUUCCAAGCAACACGACGCCACUAAGUCACGACAUGAUGGUUCAUCACGGCGGAGUACGUCAUACGACACCUGGGGAGUAUGACAUAAAACCUAUCGUAACGGCGCCGCCGACUAUUGGGGAAUACACGUCAGUAAACCAUAUGACGAGUAACCAACAACCACAACAGACAAAUAUUGAUUCAGUUCCAGACGAUUCACCAAAGCAAGCAAACUCACCUAUGAAACCUCGAAGUUACCAACAUGCUAAACCUCCAUACAGUUACAUUUCCUUAAUAACUAUGUCGAUACAAAAUUCACCGACCAAAAUGGUAACGUUAAGCGAAAUAUAUCAAUUUAUUAUGGACUUGUUUCCUUAUUAUCGUCAAAACCAACAACGCUGGCAAAACUCUAUACGUCAUAGUCUGUCAUUCAACGAUUGUUUUAUUAAAGUUCCAAGAUCACCCGACAAGCCUGGUAAAGGUAGUUUUUGGACUCUUCAUCCCGACGCUGGAAACAUGUUCGAAAAUGGAUGCUAUUUGAGAAGACAGAAAAGGUUUAAAUCCGAUCGUAAAGCAAACUUAAACGUUUUACAUCACUCGAGAGCGAAUGAUAUGUAUAACCCCAAUAACAUGCAAAAACUUCAAAUGAACUCUUCUCCACGAGGGGCAGCGCCCGUGGGCGUGCCUGCGUUUUUACCUAGCCCCUACGGACCUUACAGAGGCUUGCACUCCUUUAACCAUCCUUUUGCUAUUAAAAACAUUAUUGCUCCUGAACAUGAAGCAGAUUUCCGGUAUGCUGACCCGAUGCAUUUUCCAUACCACCCAUCAACUUUUACACCACCGCCCAUGUAUGGAAAAGACGGUUUACCGCCCGCCACGAGUGGGGAUAAUUUUAUGAGUAGUUCUUUAGCUUUGAAUCAAUAUUAUCAAAAUUCUUGUUUAAUGCAAUCAACGGGUAUGGCAUAACUUAUAUUAUUUUAUCAUAUCUAUAUUAUUAUUAUUUCAGAAUUUUUUUAUGGGACCAAGCAGUUAUACAAUCAAGUCUGGAAACGUUUUAGGAUUUUCUUUUGUCUUUUCUUUUUCUCUUGAUGAGUUUUAGAUUUUAAAGUUUACUGAGAUGUUAGAAAAAAGGAAAGUGAACGAUUUUUAAACCUCUUUGCACUGCGGGACAAACAGCGUCUUAGAAAAGAUAAUUACCCUGAGUUAUCUCUGAAUCAUUCACAAACUUUUCUCAAGGAAAAAAUUAAAAUUCACAGUUUCAAUAAAAUUCUGUUUUCAAAUGAUUUACAACAUAAUGAAAAUUUUUUUUUUGAAAACAAAAAUUUUUUUGAAACAAUUUUUAAUGCUUACGUCAAUUUUUCUCAUUUAACCAAAACAACCUUGUAACCAUACCUCUUAAAUUAUAAUUAGAGGUUUUUAAAUACACGUGUUCAGUUUAACGGUUUGUAGAUAUGUAGUGUAAAAUUUAUUUAUUGAUUAGAGAAGAUCACGUGAUCACAUUUCUAAGAUAACACAUCAAACUCAAACAACUCGAUUUUUCAAACGAUUUCCAUAUUCUUUUUCUUAUAUGCUUUUACUUUAUAAUCAGACAAUUUUUCGGAGUUGAGUUGUUUGAAAAUAUUUAUAGCUGAUUUUAUGUCUUCGGUUUAUUCGAAGAAAAUUUUAUGGAGAAUUUACUUGGUUGUUUUUAUAAAUAUGAUGAAGAAGCCAAGCUUGUACCUAGUGGUUUUUAUUUUGUAGAAUUAUUAGGGUACAUAAAAACUGGGUACGAGUUUGGUAUAUAUAAACAAAUAUUUUAUUAUAAACUGAAGAGAAAAUGAAACGCUGUAAAUAAUUUAUAAACUCAGAAAUAUUUUAUCUUUUAAAAAUACAAACUUGAAACAAAAA